CACCACGCUCAGAGAGCCGCUCCUCGGGUCCAGCUCACCGGAGACCCGUCUGCUGCGGCCGUGCCUCCUCAGAGAGGGAGUGGACGCCUCCUCGGGACCCGGGAUAGAAGUGCAGCAGCUCCGCGAUGAGCUGUGAGAAGCCGCCGCUGCCCGCAGACGAUGUGGGGGCGGAGCAGGAGGCGGGUCCAGUGGCGGUUCCUGAAGCUCCGCCGGAGGCAGCGCGUGACGGGUGGGACAGUAAAGUGGAGUAUUUUCUGGCUCAGGUGGGCUUCAGUGUGGGACUGGGGAACGUGUGGAGGUUCCCUUACCUCUGCCAUCAGAACGGAGGAGGAGCGUUUCUGUUGUUGUAUAUAGUGCUGAUGGUGUUGGUGGGCGUCCCGUUGUUUUUUCUGGAGCUGGCUGCUGGUCAGAGUAUUCGUCAGGGCAGUAUCGGAGUGUGGAGACACAUCUCGCCUAAACUGGUGGGGAUCGGAUACUCCAGCUGUGUGGUGUGUUUCUUCGUGGCUCUGUAUUAUAACGUGAUUAUCGGCUGGAGUAUAUUUUAUCUCCUGAACUCCUUCCAGAGUCCGCUGCCGUGGGAGAACUGUCCCAGAGAGGGGAACGAUACAGUGGCUGAAUGUGCUGCGAGUUCCCCCACCUCGUACUUCUGGUACCGCAGAGCUCUGGACAUCACAGACUCCAUCAGCGAGACCGGGCAGUUUAACCUGGUCAUCACCGGCUGUCUGGCCAUAGCGUGGAUCAUCGUCUGUCUCGCCAUGUACAAGGGAAUCAAAUCCACCGGCAAGGUGAUGUAUUUCUCCUCGGUGUUUCCGUACGUGGUGCUGCUGUGUUUUCUGGUCCGAGGUCUGAUGCUAGACGGAGCUUCAGAGGGCAUCACAUACAUGCUGUACCCCAAGCCGGAGAUCUGGGGUAAGGUGCAGGUGUGGCGUCAGGCGGCUACGCAGGUGUUUUUUGCGCUGGGAUUGGGUUUCGGUUCGGUUAUUGCGUACUCCUCCUACAACCCGCGCAACAACAACUGUCACCGUGACGCCAUCACUGUCUCAAGCGUCAACUUCUUCACCUCCGUCCUGGCCUCACUGGUGGUGUUCGCCGUGCUGGGAUUCAGAGCCAAAAUCUUCGCCAAGGAAUGCGUCAUACGUAAUCUGAAGUUGGUAUCUGAGGCUGGUAUUCCUUCUCUGCUCAUCAACAUGACUGAGCCGGAGUCCGUCUCUUUAGAGACGUAUGCACGCUGGUACGAGUUUCAAGGCAAGGGGCUGUACAUCAAUGACACCAACAUCACAUCCUGUAAGCUGGACGAUGAGAUGAAGAAGGGUGUAGAGGGAACAGGUUUGGCGUUCAUUGCGUUCACUGAGGCAAUGACAUUGUUUCCAGCAUCUCCAUUUUGGUCAGCAAUGUUCUUCCUCAUGCUCUUGAACCUCGGUCUGUCCACCAUGUUCGGCACCAUGGCGGGAAUCCUAACCCCCCUGACCGACACCUUCAAAACGCUCCGCAAACGCAAACUAUGCUUCACAGCAUGUAGCUGUGCAGUCGGCUUUGUGAUUGGUCUGUUGUUUACGCAGCGCUGUGGGAAUUACUUUGUGGUGAUGUUUGAUGAUUAUUCAGCAACACUGCCGCUCAUCAUCGUCGUUGUUUUCCAAACUAUCAGCAUCGCCUGGGUGUACGGGGCAGACAGGUUCCUGGAGGACAUAAGGCAGAUGCUGGGCCGGCCGGUGUGGGGGGUGUAUAAGUACCUGUGGAAGUAUGUGUGUUUGUUAGCCAUGGUGGGGCUGCUCGGUGCCAGCUUAGUCCGAAUGUGCCUCAGCAGACCCAAAUAUACAGCCUGGAACAGAGAGAAGGCAGUGGAGGAGGAAUUGGACUAUCCUGAUUGGGCACUGGCUGUCCUUUCAUCUCUCAUAGUCAUCGCAGUGCUGCCGGUUCCUCUGGGAUACGCCCACUCUGUCCUGCAGCAGCGCGCAGGGCAGUCAGCUCUGGACACCGAGGCAGGAUACACCCCCUGCAGCACCACAGAUACUGACUCCGUCCCCAAUGGUACUGCUAUGACUGAGGAGAACUUCAGUCUCCUUGCACGCAGUGAGGGUGCGGAAGAAGGGGAGGCGUCUACCAGAGUAUAAACACAGGAGUGAACAGCAAACAGGAGAGUUACUGAAGACUUUUAUUGCACAAAACAGCCCAGUGUGCCAGACUGGCUGAGAGGGUCCACCUGCGGCUGGAAUCAACCCAGUAUCACAGACAGUCAAACAUGCUGUAUUUUUUUUAUAAAGGUCCUGAACUGUCCUUAUCUGUAUUUAGACGCAGAUGUGAACAGUUUUACUGCUGUGCAGUAAUGAGUUGAUUCAUGGAAACUUUCAGUACUUUAGCAGUAACUUUUACACCAAGUGUGCAGCCACACUGAGCCUUUUCAGCCUCCUUCUAAACACAGUCCUUUUAGUUUACUGCCAGCUCAGCUUGACUCAGCUGUGUUUUAUUUGUGUUGGUCCAAUUUGUUUGAUAUUUAACUUCAAGGCUGUUUUAGGCACAAGUGGCACAACCUUCACCUCCUUAGGCAUGGAGUGGACAGUCAGUGCCAUCAUGAGUGCCCAGCUGGCCACAUCACUGUGCCAGACAGUGCUGUACAGAGUUCAUGUAGUAAAGGGUCACAACUCAACUGUACACAUUUAGAUUUUUGUUCUUUUUAAAGCAUUGCUGGCCAACACAGUUCUUUAGUUCCUUCCCUUUUUAUCUUUCAUUUUAAACAAGGACGUAGGAUGUUUAGUGGCAUAAGCUGAUUGGUAUCCACUUGUUUGACACACCAUCUCCAAAACGUACAGGAGUAUUUGUUGUUACCAUGUGGGAGGUGGAGUGCUUACAACCACUUACACAGCUGUUGCUUUUAUGUUGUGUCAUUUUGCGAUAUUUCAAAAUGGACAAGAACAAGGUUUAGCUGGCUUAUAUGGUCACCAAGUAUGUGGACAUUUUCACUUAUUUUCAAGCCGUCUUCAAUAAAUGUCAAGCCACCUAAUUAACAACUGCUAAGCGUUAAACAGUGCUGCUAACUGGGACAGAGGAGCUGGUCAGCGUUAGCUUGGCUAGUGUGAUAACAGCUCUGCUCACCACAGAACAUGCUGGAUUCUGGGUGACUAAAGCACCGACACAAGUUUAGAUGAUAAUGACUCAAAUAUUUAGGAGUGAAGUGGGGCAGCUGGACCUGAAGGGACAGAAAGGAGAACCUGUUCUGUGGUGUUUGGUUCUGUAAACAGCAAACAGACCAAACAGAGCUGCACACCACAGUACAGGCUUGACUCUGCUGACACAGUCGGCCAAGCAAGUUGGGUUACUGGGACUCCAUCAUCUUUGGUAUUCCAGGGACAACAGUGAUUGGUUGAUUUGAGUUUGUAUUACCUUCAAAAGUUUGGUGAGGAUGUUAUCAGUAUGGCAAAUGGUUGAAUUAAUUUAUUGACGUGCAUGUAAAUCUCCAUCGUGAGACCAACUUUACUUUGUUGAAAAUGACUACAGCAGUAACUGUGCUUGUUUUAUGUCGGACCAAACACCCACACUAACAUCCGCCGGUGUAGCUGUACUGCGGGUGGUCACUUUGCGUCCCAAAUUGGGAACGUAUUUACUUCCAACCUCAUUUUUGUCACAGGGAACAGAAUUUUUAUAGCCAUAAAUCAGUGAGCAGUUCUGUCACUGAUGUGCCUCAAGUCUUUCCCACAGUCUGUGCACAGCAUUCAUAGUUCAGGAACUGUCGAACACAAACGUUGGUUUGUUUGGACCAUCAGCUUUAGUGUCAGAAGACUUCUAUUAUUCCUUCUUGUAUGUUUAAAGACUUUUCCUGUAAUGGAUCUAAAAGGCCUUGUUGACACCUUGUGCUUCACAUGCACAAAGAAAGUGCCAAUUAUUGUUUUGUUGUUACUUGGAAUUUUCUAAAUUUUUGAUGUACAGUUUUUGUUGUAGAUUUUUUUUAGAAUGAUUUUAAUGAUGUUUUUAUUUUGUUUUUAAAAGUCACUUGUAUCUGUACGUAAUGAAACAUGCACCAGCUGUUUAAAAGGUUUAAAUUAACUCAAACAGGGUAAAAAAAGGAACUAAUGUUGCAGCAGAGACAAAAGUCAUUCCAUCCCAAAUCACUCUACUCCACUCAUUAACUACACCUUAUAAAAAA